AUGAACAUCGCAUUGUGUGUUCUUCUUUUUUCACUCGUAACGUCUCACACGAGUAGUAUGAAUGUUCCGUCCGUUCUUUUACCAUACCCAACAAAACAACAUUCAAUCGACUACACAAUCGAGGCGACUAAUGGCUGUUUCGAAUGGACAACAUCAAAUCCGACAAUUGUCAAGUUACGUCCAAUUGGUGGGGCGUGCUCAACUCAGUGCACACUCUCUCUUUCAUAUACAGAGAACAAAGGAAGACAAAACUUCUGGAUAUACGCACAAGACGACACACAACACGUCAACUUACGGACAGAAGUCACUAUCGACAACAUCGACUCCAUUUCUGUCGUCACCACAACUCGUCUCAUGAACAAAGACGACUUUGAAGUCCUUGAAAUUGCUGGAUACGACACGAUCGGAAACAAAUUUUCAACAUUGGAAGGGAUCCCAGUCAUGUGGUCAAUUGAGUCUGUCAAUGGCACUAAAGGCAAUGGUGGAGACUAUGUCAGAAUAGAACGAUUUUCGACUGCUGGACACACAUUGAGACUGAGAGCAUCACAGACUAUAUUAGACAUGGAAACUUAUAAUCUCUUAACAUCAAAAGUAUUGGUGAAGGGUCUUGAGCUUGGAAAGGCGAAGAUGACGGCGCAGUUAACACAUCAACCGACAAAAUACUCUGCUGUUGUACUCACUGUGUUACAGAUGUUAGUGGUGUUGCCAGAUAGAGAACUCUAUGUGUUGGCGAAUACGAAAAUACCGUAUACUGUCUUCACAAUGAAAAGAAGUGAAAUAGAUACACAGAUUAUGAUGCCAAACUCUAAUUACAAAUGGGAGACGUACACACCAGAUGUCCUCCAGAUUGAGCAAAACGGCAUUGCGUCUGCUAUGAAAAUAGGAAAGGGCACAAUUUCAGUGAUGUACAUUGGGACGCCGGAGUCUAUUCAGAAAAGAACCGUCCACGUUGUCACACCAAAUAAAGUCCGAUUGGUUUGGAAAGAGAUAAGAGGAACUUGGCAAUGGAUUAAUGGGAGAACGUAUGAGGUAAAACCGGAGUUGGUUGACAAUCUUGGCAACUCGAUAUCACAUGUUCAAAGUGCUGAAUAUAAGAUUACGCCCAAAGGAGGAGUUAAGAUUAUUUCGUAUACCACCGGGUACACUUCAUUCAUUGUGCAAGCGACUAAAAUCGGUCGAGCUCAAAUUGAGGCUUCUUUCUUGAAAGGAAAUGGGAUGAAUGUGAGAGCGGGGUCAGUCAGUUGUGUGCAAGACAUUGUAAUUACACAACAAGUUGUGGCUUCACCUAAGAAGUUGAAUUUGGCUGUUCCGGGAACUGCGGGAUGUAAGAUAACGGCGAUUGGGGGACAUGGAGAGUACGUCUUCUCGGUUGAUGGUGAGUCUGUUGCUGUAACAAACGAUGGGAUUGUAUUCCCAAAGAACGCUGGUGCGGCGAUCGUCACCGUGAGUGAUUCAAGAAAUUCCGAAAACUUUGACGUUGUUGAAGUUGAGGCGCGAGAAGUUGUUGCGAUAGAAAUUGUGAAUGAAGUUGUCGAAGCGCUUGUUGGGAACCAACUGAACUUCUCUGCGAGAGCGCGAGAUACAUAUGGUAACUACUUUGACCAAUGCUCGAGCGCUGCUGUGAACUGGAAGAUAACACAGCCGGAUAUCUUUGAAAUGAAGUCGAAUGUGACUGGAAGAGCGUGCAACAUCACAGCUAUCAAGUCUGGCACGACGACAUUGGUUGCGACGUAUGGGAAAGGUAUUGCUGAGAUACAGAUCUUUGCGUUUGACAAAUUAAGUUUGGUGCUGAAGAGUACAAGAGCGCCUCAUAUUGUCAAGGCGAGCGGAUUCAAAGUGUCAUUUGAGGGAGGCCCUCUCCCAUGGUACAUGGACAAAGGAUUGUACUUCACGAAUAUGUCCACCACCAACUCGAUUGCGCAAGUCACCCACAAAGGAAACAAUCAGUUGCUGAUCGUGUGCAAGGAAUAUGGAGAGUCGACGAUUACGAUCACUGUUGGUAACAAGAAUGGAAAGACUCAUUUGUACACAAUCAAGUCAUCUGCGAAGGUCCAAUUUACUUGCAGUGAGCCAAGUGUCUUGAUGUUGACGACACAGGAUGUCUUUGAGAGUGACUUUGCUGGGAAGGAAGUUGUGAAUAAUAUACCAUCGAUUUGCAAGGAAAGAGCCGUGUCCGGAGGUGAUGGUGUGACGAACGAAAUGACUGUGAGAGUUGGCGAAGAGGUGGAUUUGGUUGGUUAUGUGAAACCGACGACCACCGGGAUGUACACCAACUCGUCGUCUGUGGAAUACGUCUGGAGCACUUCGGACAGCAAGAAAGUGGCUAUCAGUAAACAAAUCAAUUUAGACGACCAUUCGAUGAUCCACGCAUCUGUUGGAGACUUUGUCGGCAAAGUUGAGUUGAGACUCUCUGCCGUGAAGUAUCAAAAAUCGUAUUUCAAUGCCAUUGGAGUCAGCAGAGGCCUUGAAAUUAGCAACAAAUUGAUCAGAACGAUUACGAUGAAUAUUGUCGAUGUUGUCUCGGUAACACCAAAGAAGGUCACUAUCUUUAAUCACCCGGAGAACUUUGUUCGACUCACUGCUGCUUCUGGAAGUGGGUUCUAUAACUUCACGACGGAUUCUCCGUUGGCUGUUGCUUUAGAACACUUUGGAACUGAACCGUCCUGUGUUAUUAGACCACGGAAUGAGACAAACACCUAUGUUAUUGCAUCAGAUGUCUGCUUUACUGGAAAGAGCGAUGAAGCCCGAGUAGUUGUGACCGUCAGCGAUGUGCAUGGAGUGAACUUGGUUAUGACCGACCAAAUUGAAGUUGGGGAAAGCACUGUAUUGAAGUUUGAAGCGAUUGAUAUCAACGGGCAACCGUUUGAUGAGAGCCAAUAUAAGUACAUGAACAUCAAUGUUGUGGCGGAUAACACAAAUGUCUAUUUAGAGAAGAAGAGUGUGAGAGAAUACACAAUCAGUGGUUCCACUGUCGGUAUGUCUGUUCUUAUUGUGACUAUUAACAACGUACAAUCCAAGCCAACAAGUCUGAUCAUCUACGAACACUUUACUUGCACGCCAAAGGAAAUUAAUUUGAUUCCACUUGCACAAGAAGAUAUCAAAUGCAGAGGUGGACCACCUUUGAGAUCGACAGUAACACACUCUAUAGUCUCUGGGAACGCUGUGGUACUCAACGGAGACAAAGUAGUUGGUGAACUGAAAGGAAGAAGUUUGAUUGAAAGUCGAGUGAACUUCAUCGAGUCACUGACGGGAGAAAAGAAGGAGAAAGGAAAAGAGAACUGUGAAGUCAUUGUGAGACACUUGACUGGAUUGCGAAUGGACGCGCAUCAAACUUCGCUGGAAGUUGGUGGACAAACUAAAGUUCGAGUGAUUGGCGAGGCGGACGGUGUCCAGGUGUCGAUUGCAGCAACGCAAUUGGACUUUUCGUGGAGCUCAACAGACGACUUACCACUUGAAAUAUUAUCAGUGUACUUCAAUGGGAACAUCUCUGCGAAUGAAGAAAUGUCGCACACUGUAUUGCUCUUAGCAAAGAAAGCUGGACAGACAAGAGUCAAUGUGAAGAUUGUGAAUAUCCAGAAAGGACUUCCUGAGGCCUAUAAGUCACUAUCGGCAAGUAUCCUGAUCCAUGUUGUGGACCCAUUCUCAUCACUGUGUGCUGGAAGAUGCCGAAAUGUCAUUGAUAUGGCUGUCCAUUCGACGACACAAAUCACGACAAACAGAGACCCAUCCGAAGUCACCUUCCAGAUUUGUGAGGGUUCACAUAUCGUCUCAGUGGACGCAAGCGGAUCAGUCAAAUCGUCGAACACACCGGGUUCUGCUGUGGUUCAUGUGAUCGAGAGAGAAACUGGAGAGACACUGAGUUAUGUCGUGAAGGUCCACCGCAUCCAUGCCAUCGAGUUGCUGCCCAUUGAAAACUCGAUUGGGAUUUCUGUAGGCGAAGUUAUGAAGUUUGAGUUGAUUCAAAUUGGAGACAGAGGAAGAGUGUUGCGACCGGCGUAUAACAAAUUGGUGCAGUUUGAUAUGAUACCCUCUGGAUCGGCAUCUGUUGUGCAAACAGGGAACUUGAGUGUUAUUGAAGUCACUGCUGCGAAACCUGGAAGAGUUAUUUUAGUUGUGAAAAGCACUGAAGCAGUCAGAUUACAAGACGAAGUCCGAGUCACCAUUCACCACUCGGUCUCCCCAAUCAAUCCAAUUGUGUUAGUUGGUACGCAAAUACAAUUUACAACAACGCAUGUGACGAAGUGGACGAGCGAAGCUAAAAACAUCGUCGCGAUUGAUUCCAAUGGGAAAGCCGUUGCGAAGUCGAUUGGAAGAACUGUUGUGAGCACAACAAGUGCUGCCCCUGCGCAGACUCGAAUUAUUGUAUCCACGCUGGAAAGCGCACAAAUGGAACCAAGUAUGGUUGGAGCUGGUCGAGUGUUGAUUCCAGUGACUUUGUAUGCUGACGCUGGUAUUGUUACACAAGCGAAGAGUGUUGAUCUGAACUUGAACGCUUAUUGUAGUAUAGACCAAAGUGCUUGGGCGCAAGCGAGUGUUGAGGUCAUUGAAGGGAAAUUGUAUUGCAGCGUUGUUGCUGUCGCGACGAAUGCGGGGAAGGCCCCAGAGAAUGUCAAAUUGAGAUUUGUGGGGAAGGACGGCACAGGAAGAAGUGUCCAGACUGUCGUUGUAUUACCAUUUAGAGCUGGUAUUGUUGCCAAACCAGGUAAUCUGAGAAUCAAAACAGGAACGGAAGCACGACUUGAUAUCUACCGAGCGAAAGGAGAUGUCAUUGUGAGAGACUUGACCGGUGGGAAAUUACAAAUUCGUGAGAUAACAAGAAGCGAAGGAACAGCAACGUUUGUGGUCAGAGGAAUGGAGAAUGUGAGAGGAGAAAUUGAAGUGUUGGACGGGAAUGAGAAUCUAAAGGUGUCAGUAGAAGUUGGAGAGAGUAGCGUCAGAAAGCCUAUGAACCAAACGAGUGCUAAUGCAUUGGGACCGAUUGUCAUUGCUGUUCUCGCCGUUCUGAUUGCAACACUCCUCUUCUUUGUAUGUCAGAAGAGAGGAAACAAUAACUUCAACAAUAACAACUUACAAUACUAUGGACAACAACCGUACUUCUACGACCAACAACAGCCAAGAUAUUAA